AUUCGCUCGUCCUCCGAUUGUGGAGAAGCUAAGUAGAAGAAACCAAAAGUAGAAUAAACCUAUUCCUUUUUGUAAAACGACGGAGACGCUCUCCUUCAAUUGACGGACGGAAAGCCAUGAUUCGAUGGAGAGAAGCCGAACACAAGAGCUCCACCAAACCAAGAAACAAAUGACCGACAUCAAGCGUGAAACAUCAGACCAGAUUCAGAGCCCUCACGCGAGCAAUACACGAGCGAGUCCUCAGGACUCGACCAAUGCUUUCUCUCGAGUCAACAUUUUCCAACUUAGUUUUCUUUGGAGUCGAGAGUCUGAUGAUAACAUUAUGUUGGUGGCUGCAAACUGUGUUGACGGACACGGAGGCAGGCUUCGCCGCCGAGACCACUUUGCUGCUUGUGUAGUGAUUGAAUUGAGCUCUGGAUUUUCUCCCAUGAUUAUUAUGCAGGGCGCGAAUUUAGAAGACGAGGCAUCGCAACUCCGUCUGUCGGCCACAGAGAUGAGAAAUCUCGAACAGAAUGGUGCUGAAGACAAUGGAAAGAGACUGAACAACUUUCUCUCCCAGCAGUAUUACCUUUUGAACAUGGAACCGUAUCAAAGGGAGGGUUCAGUUUAUAUUGUGUUCAUUUGACAUUUAUGAAGAUCUGUCAAUCUGCAAUGUACGUCAGUCCACCUGCAUGUGAAGAGAAGACUGAGCGAGUGCAUACACAAAUUGUUACUCUGACCUCCAAUGUUCAGAAACAGUCUCGUAAGAACGAGCGAAGACUGCAGUUCAAGUGCUUUCUGAAGCCGAUCAGCAUGUCGGUCACAGAUCCCGAUUCGUCUUUCGAAUCAAGCAGAUUGCAGCCUGUGUCCGAAAUUGAGGAAGUUGUUCAAGUGCCCCCCAUUGAAGAACUUAUAGAUGAUGUGUCCGAUUCUUUAGAGGUAUCUGUGCCUAUAUUAGAGAAUGUCGGUGCCACUCCUGGUAGUUCCACUUCAAUCCGUCGAGGAAUCACUAGAAAUCGUCUUUUGACUAUAUCGACGACGGGAGAAUGCACGGUCCAAGAUGAACCUGCUCCUUCCAAACCAGACAAGGGUAAGAAGCAACAAGGUUCUGGGCAGAGUCACAGAAAAAUAUCUCUCCAGAACCCGUUCCCUAGUGUGGGAAAGUUCAGAGGAACAGCUGAAGAUAAGAUUCUUGCCUGUAUAUUGUGGCUCAAAAGAAGAAGCAAUGAGAAGCAAGUUAAAGCGGGCAAGGAUGUUUUAGCCCUGUAUCACGACUCAUUUCUCUACGCGGAAGUACCGUUAUCUAUCAAGGUUAGAGCUUCCAUUCGAGGAGGUUUUUUGCGCCCUAUUCUUGUAUGGCUGGAAUUUAUAGCUGCUUUGACUUCGGUGAUUGUCUACGUUCGAUCGACAACGUUGAAUAUUGGACCUCUUUUUGUGCUCGGAAAGAGUUGUAGUCGUGUGGAAAAAAAUUACUUCGUUAUGCAGGUGUAUUACUCGGAAAACUUAUUUUCUGAAAACCUGCUGUCUGAAUCUCAUGUUUAUAAGACCUCCGAGUAUCCAGAGGAUGGAAACAUCUAUGUCCGAACCUUACGACACAGAUUUCAAUGCCAGUGACGCUUUCUGGUUGGAAGCAUGCAGGUACAACUACGAAACUCCACCCUAUGUUAUUAUCGUGGAAACCGUGUGUGGUGUAUUUUUCUUAAUUGAUUACGUUAUAAAUUUGUUCAGUGCUCCAGUACGGUUGUACUACAUUAUAUCAGCAACAGGACUUGUUGACUUGUUGAGCGUACUGCCCAUCGCCUUUCUCUGGAGCAAAAAGAAGAACUUUGGAGUUGAAAUUUUGUUAUUUCUCCGAGUUCUAAGAAUAAUGCCCGUGCUAACAUCCAUUGGGCUGAGUGGAGCAACAAUUACACAGCAGAUAUUUCGUCUGGUGGUGUACGCCUUCGGCGUGAUAUUUAUCGCUGCGGGACUACUUCAAUGGGUUGAAUACAGGGCAAGCACAACGCAGUACAGAGAAGACAAUAAUUGCAGUCCCAAGGGAUGCCUAACGUUCUUCGGGGCUUUCUACUUCAUGAUUGUGACCAUUUCCACAGUUGGUUAUGGUGACAUAACUCCUAAAUCAGACUGGGGACGUGCUGUUGCUAUUCUGGCUAUUCUGGCAGCUCUCAUCAUUCUUCCUGCCCAAGUAAAUAACAUCAUGCAGCUUGCUUCUCGCAGGCCUUAUGGAGGAUAUUUUGCAGUGAAGAAGGUUGUUGGCUCUCGCUUUAUUAUUGUAAGCGGAAACUUGACCUUCAGAACUGUACAAGAUUUCCUCUCCGAAUUCUAUCACCCGAAUCACGAUAAAGACCUGGCUGCAUUUCCCAUACGUGUCGUACUUCUCGCUCCAUUUAAACCCUCAUUUGAGCUGAAAUCGUUAUUAGCACACUACAAAGGACGAGUUGAAUUUAUUCAAGGCACACCGCUGAAAGAUAUAGACCUUGACCGAGUUAGCGCUAAUGUUGCGUCCGCCAUUUUCUUAAUAGCAGAUCAGCAUGCUCAGGAUCCAGAAGCGGAAGAUGCAACACAAAUUCUGCGUACACUUGCAGUACAUCGACACUGUGGAUCUGCUUUGCGCGUAAUAGUCGAGCUACUGAAACCCGAAAGACGAGCCAACGCCAUCUGGGAUGAUGCUACAAGUGAUAUUGAGAUUAUCUGCUUCGAGUCCAUUCGCUUCAAACUUCUCUCUCGCAGCUGCCACAUACAGGGAAUUUCUACAUUUGUAGUUAACCUGUUUAAGCAAGGACUGGUGGUGAGCAAGCCAGAGAAAGGCAAUUGGUUGAGGCAGUAUUACCACGGCCUCAAACAAGAAGUGUUUCCCGUGCUACUCCCGGCAUGCUUUCACACAGAGGAGCUUCUGUUUGAAGAGGCUGCGGAGCUUCUGUAUGAGAGAACGGGUGUCAUACUUUUCGCCCUGGACGUGCUAAUCAAGGCGUCAGCCAGCAGAGAGGUUGUACUCUUCCCGAAAGGUCGAGUGCUUCAGUCUACGGACGUGGGUAUGGCAAUAGCCAAGAACCUUGAGGCAGCGGAAAGAGUAAGCAAAUUCGCCAAGCGCAGGAAAAAAGCAUGCCGGCAUAUGGCAAGUGGCUGCGCAAGUUGUAUGACCCAGUCGCAGCUUUCGGACCAAGAUUUGCUGAAUCUGAUCAAAAGCAAACGUUACACUCUAUCCGAGCAAUCAACGAGCAUCGAUCCCAUCGUUACCACAAGCUCUGGUGAGCUGACCAGGGAGCCCAAAGCCACGAGCCCGACACAAGGCUUGCUCGAUAGCGUCAGCAACUUGCAGAGCCAGUUCUCCAGUUUCCUUCUUUCUACACCAUUGCGAGUUUCUGUAUCAAGCGAGUCUGCCUCAUCGACUGACACCGAAAUACAGCAACCUCAGCACAUCAGCUCGCUAGAGGAAGCUAUAGACCUGGCAAUGAGCUGGCCGCCGACCAACAAGCAUUACAAGCCCGAUCCUCCUAUUUUGGAGAGAAGAGCCGAUGACAUUAUGGACCAUCUGCAGAGAUUCACGCUGUCCAUGGUGAAACUGAACGAGCCGCACAUUUUGGUGUGUAUGCAGGGACCCUGGCCUCUGAAUCUGUUUUAUUUCGUCUCCCAUUCACGUACUCUGUUUCCCAAAACCACACCCAUAGUCAUCUUACAUCCCAACCAGCCGACUGCCACGGAUUGGGGCUGUGUGGGCAUGUUCGAAGGUGUCUACUUCAUUCGAGGAAGUCCCAUUUAUGAACUGGAUCUUAUUCGAGCAGGAGUUUUGCAAGCAGUGGUAAUUAUGACUUCAUAUAUCCACCUGGAGGAGAACCAAAUGAUCCCGAGUGAUCAAGAUGAGACAGCAGGAACAGCUCCUGCAACUGCUCACACUCAAGACGUCAACAACAUAGUUAUUGCAGCGACGGUGGAAAGGUUGUUGCGUCCGGUGGGAGAGCGAAUCAUUGUGGAGCUGCAACAGGAAGCUGCAUUUCAGUACCUUCGACCCAAAUUAUACAUCGAUCGUCGCCAGUUUUUUGCUGAAAUGUACCGGCGAAAUCGAGUUGGUACUUUCCAGUUUGCCCCACCGUAUAUCGAGGGAAAGACUUUCUGUCCCCAAACGCUGGCUUUUCUCACAUAUGCAACUUUCUUCAAUCGCAAUUGUAUGUCGAUCGUGGAACAAUUACUAUCUGGAGGCAAGAUUCUGUCAGCCGAUGGAGAAGAUGUCGAGGACGAUCAUUUGAGAGUUCUGGAUCAGAUUGUAGUACCCAAAGCCUUCGAAGGUAAAUCCUUUGGAUCUCUGUUUUCAGGGCUGUUAAGGCAUCACGGCAUGUUGGCCGUAGGCUUAUAUCGACCUCUGAAAUUCCAUGGAUCGCUCGUCCCUUACGUGUUCACAAAUCCUCCACCUCACGAACUUCUCGAUCUGAAAGAUCUUGUGUACAUACUCCGCUGAACAUGUUGCCAAUAUCCAAGCAUAAGAAGCUUGGAUUUUGGCACAUGAGCUCUGCAUAUUCACAAUAUUAAUGGUCUGUCAACAAUCUAGAUGCACCUUCCUGACGGAGACAGUGACUGUCAUCGAAAGCAGACAGUUCAUUGAUCUUCAUGGAACUUUCAUGAUGAGUAGAAUCGAACAGUUUCUAGCAAUACAUUGCAGGAGCCCUACAA